AGCCCUUUUGUGAGCACGCGAAGAAUUCCUCCUCUGCACAGUGACACAAAAGCAUUUUCAGCUUUCAGGUUUCGACAAAUCCUGUCGUAACAACAACUCCCUCCCUUCCCCGCCUCUCCUUUCUUAAUUCUCCCACAGCUCAAAAAAUGAGAUGGGGAACCUGGUAUUUAUCUUCUAGCACCAUCAGCAGUCUCCACCUCAGAUUCCCAUGUUGGUCUUUACGUGCGAGUUAACUUGGCGGAGCUCUGUCCCUAACGCUCACAGGCUGGACGGGAGCCUCAAGUGUGGCUUCUCCGCCUCGAGCGGCUUCGUUUGAAGACAGCUGACAGAAGGGGGUUAAGACACCGAAGGCUCCCGACAAAAGCCUUUGUUACGUGGUUCUCUGCCGCACAGACAGCAUUACGGUUUUGACCAGGGGCCAUCAUAAUCAAGCAGCAGGUAACGGGGGACCAAGAUAAGGUAACGUCAUGGCGUCUGCGGGUCUCCAGCUCCUGGCCUUCGUCCUGGCUCUAUCUGGGGUGUCUGGAGUGCUCACGGCCACUCUGCUGCCCAACUGGAAGGUGAACGUGGAUUCGGGCUCCAACAUCAUCACGGCCGUCGUGCAGCUGCAGGGGCUGUGGAUGGACUGCACGUGGUACAGCACCGGGAUGUUCAGCUGCACCCUCAAGUACUCCAUUCUGUCCCUCCCCAUCCACGUGCAGGCCGCACGGGCCACCAUGGUCCUGGCCUGUGUCCUGUCCGCGUUGGGGAUCUGCACUUCCACAGUGGGGAUGAAAUGCACUCGCUUAGGAGGGGACGGAGACACAAAGAGCCACGCUUCCUUUGCCGGAGGAGCCUGCUUCAUGGCUGCAGGGGUCUCUGGUUUAAUCCCAACCGUGUGGUACACAAAGGAGAUCAUAGCAAACUUCCUGGACCUGACGGUUCCAGAAAGCAACAAACAUGAGCCCGGAGGAGCCGUCUACCUCGGAUUCAUUUCGGCUGCGCUGUUGUUCGUCUCCGGCAUGAUUUUCUGCACUUCCUGUAUGAAAAAGGCUCCGGAAGCUUGGCUCUUUGCAGCCAAGCAGCGGCAUACCUCCGCCAUACAGCCAGAGGGCAGCUCCGCGUACAACCUCAAAGAUUACGUGUAAAUGACCGUGUAACGCGUAUGGAAUGUUUAGGUGCCUGCUGUGGCUUUCGUCUUUUCGCUUUAGAGGAAAACUAUAAAUGAGGUCAUUUAAAAUGCCAACAAACUAUUGUGUGCAAUUAGAUCCGUUUUAAGAUUAUUCUUCCAUUCCUUUUUUCGUGUUUUAUCCAGUGGUUUAUAACUGAAAGAGGUUCUGUUUUAUAAGACAAUUGAUGGGGUUUUUUUCCUUUUAAGAUAAACUGUUGACACAUCUUCUGAAUUGUUAUUUAGUUGGAUUUUAUAAAAGAACUAAAUUGCCAAGUAUAAAAAAGCGCCUUUCUCUGUGUUAACCCAGGGUAUCAUCUGCUUUUGCUGGCUGUUGGUAACCACAGGGACUUGCUUCUGUUUUCAAGCCUGCUCUCUGACCAUGAGGGAAAGAAGAGAUGUCCAUCUCUCUUAAGUGUUGCCCAAACCAGCCUCCCCAGCUUCCCACCUACCGUGACCUCCCUGCUUCCUUUUUCAUUUUAGAAAAUAUCUACGUACGUGUCCAAGAGCCAGCGAUAGACUAUUCAAAGAUUAGGCAGGCAGAACUAAGGAAAAGAAACUGGUAAAUGCUACCACAGCAAAGCAAAACCAAAUCAAGCGCAAACUGAAAUCUCCAGGAUUGGAAGGCAUUAAGUACAAAGUAAGUGACAAUAAUAACAGUUUGCUUUACUUAGAAUGCUUAAGAAGUGCCGUCUUCUGCUGCUAGCAAGAGGAUGCUCCAGAUUCCGUUCAUUUAUCCUACAACCCAGAGUCUUCCCUCUCCCUCUCACUGAUGAGUAUCUGGAUGAUAGAAGUUACUUUAAGUUGUCGUUUUUUUCUCAAGUUUGAUUCACGUUAACGAAAACAUUGCUGUUCUCUUAUAAAUGAGCUGCUU